UAAGCAUCAGUAGUCAAACAGUGGGAGCGCACAAAUUGCCUAUCAGAUUACGUUCCCCAGCUAUGAUCCUUUACAACGCGCGUUCUAUUUUACGCCACUUAAAAAGCGUAGGCCUAUAAUGUGAAUUAUUUUAUUCGAGCGAUGUUUAUUGGCAUGAUGCAAACUAUUUCGAUUAGGUUGUGAUUCAUUUGGAAUAAGACACGUCGAGGGAUAUAUUGAAAAGGGAGUCACAGGAGGGAGACGAGAGAGCCAGGGAAUAAUACUGUCACUUUCUGCGGUAUGACACUUGUGAUCGCUUCCUGGCUCAGUCUCAGCCCCAUUGGAGUUUCAUGCUAAAUUGUGCAACAGUGAGGGGAAGAACUUGAGAGGAGAGCACCAGACAGGACAACAGAUAAGAUAACAGAAGGUUGGACUGCUUCUCUGACCACCAACUGUGGGACUUCUAAGAGGCUUUAAGGUGAAGUGGUCUCUGUGUUUGGAGAGCUCAGCCAUAGUCCCAGGCAGUGAGUUAAGCCCUACAGGGUGAGGCCACCGCUACCAGCCUGCAGCUAUGGACCUUGAGGAGAGUGGUCCUCCUUCCUCCUCAGUGACCUCGCUGCUCCUCUCACCAUGCUGAACGAUGCUUCCUCUGUCAUCUACAUUGUGGUGGAACUGCUGAUCGCCAUACUAUCCGUGCUGGGCAAUGUGCUGGUCUGCUGGGCCGUCUGCCUCAACAGCAACCUGCAGAACAUCACCAACUUCUUUGUGGUGUCCCUGGCGGUGGCAGACAUUGCUGUGGGAGUGCUGGGUAUCCCCUUCGCCAUCGUCAUCAGCACUGGCUUCUGCUCCAACUUCUAUGGCUGCCUCUUCAUUGCUUGUUUUGUGCUGGUGCUCACCCAGAGCUCCAUCUUCAGCCUGCUGGCCAUCGCCAUAGACCGUUACAUCGCCAUCACAAUACCGCUCAGGUACAAUAGCCUGGUGACAGGCCAGCGUGCCAAGGGGAUCAUUGCUGUCUGCUGGGUGCUGUCCAUCAUCAUCGGCCUGACCCCGAUGUUGGGCUGGAACAAGUCCACUGAGCGCCCCAACAGCACCUGCUCCCCAGGCCUGAUGGAGUGUCUGUUUGAAGAGGUGGUUGUCAUGGACUACAUGGUCUACUUUAACUUCUUCGCCUGUGUGCUGAUGCCUCUGCUGCUCAUGCUGGUCAUCUACCUGCAGAUCUUCAUGGCAGCUCGGCAUCAGCUGAAGCUCAUAGAACUGAAAGCUGUCCACGGGGGGAAGUCCCAUUCCAUCCUGCAGAAGGAGGUCCAGGCGGCCAAGUCGCUGGCCAUCAUCGUGGGCCUGUUUGCCAUCUGCUGGCUGCCGCUGCACAUCAUCAACUGCUUCACCCUGUUCUGCCCUCAGUGUGCCCGCCCACCCCUCUGGAUAAUAUACGUGGCCAUCAUCCUCUCCCACGGCAACUCGGUGGUCAACCCCUUCAUCUAUGCAUACCGCAUCCGGGAGUUCCGUCACACCUUCAGGAGGAUCAUCCGCCGCCACUUCCUGGGCCUCCACCGCCGGCAGCUGUUUGAGAGUGGCGGCAGCACUCGCACCUCCACCCACAACAGCGUCUGUGGCUCAGUGAGGGUUAAGGCCAACUGCCUCAGCUUCGACCUCCACACCGAGCACAACACCUGUAGCUGUGAGAGCCAUGUCACACCUGCAGGUGCCGUUCUGACCUCAGCACCCAUUCACAACCACCCUCUUUCUGUGAUUAGUUUCCACAAUCACAAUGUGAGCUCCCCUCUGCCACAGCCUCUCAUACAGACCCAGACACAACCCUUAUGUCAUCCACUGCAGUAUGGGGACCACCAGCAGUCUCCUAAAGGACCGGAGAUGGAAGAGGUAAAGGACAGGCAGGAUCUCUCCCCUGUCCAGGUCAAAUCACUGUUCUAUAAACAUAAAACCUGCUUCACCAAGCUUUCUGGGGUGUCCUGAUGGAUACAGAAUUGGUGCCAGACAUCUACUAAGGAUCCCUUAACACCUGGCCUUCUGUGUGAAAUUACUCAGAUGCUCUUAUUUUUGGGGAGUCAGCUCUGAGUGUAAUGGUAGAUUACUGGGUAGGCAGGCUCACAAGCUGAGGAUCGGAUGUAUCGCAUGUUAUCUAGAUGGCCUAAUGGAGGCAUUCUAUCAGCAGGGAUUCUAAUAGUGGAGCCGAGCUUCUACACAAAGGCAGCCAUACAAAACAAACUGUAUGUGGACCUUUCAGCUUCUUGAAGCAAAAGAUUGUUGAAGUUAUUUAUAACAGAAAUGUGACUUGAAUGGUUCAAUGUGAUUCUGUUUGUGAUGUUUAUUCUCUUGGUCUGCGACGUCAUGUGGUGCUUAGAUCUGAAGCUUCACAAUUGGCUCUUGUUCUUUGCCCUAAAGAAAUAACAUCGACGUGAUUGGAUUACUCCUGUGUAUUUGGGGAUGGCAGGGAUGUUUCAAGCGUGUGAUAAGGGGACCGUACUACUUCAUUGAUUUAGCAUGUUUGUGUCCCAUAUAGAUGGACGUGAUGAGAGUGCAUUUCCUUUAGAUGUUCAGGUUUAUGAUCUUGCAAAUGUAUGAAUGCAACAAAGCUUAAAUCUGCCUCGCUAAGAGUUUUUCAAUGAUAAUGGUUUUAAACUAUUUUGAGAAGGAUCUACUGAUCUACCACUGUGCACUUUCUCUACAUUACACUUCGUUCAACUUGUCUAACUGUCACUUUCUCUACAUUACACUUCGUUCAACUUGUCUAACUGUCACUUUCUCUACAUUACACUUCGUUCAACUUGUCUAACUGUCACUUUCUCUACAUUUAUCACUUCGUUCAACUUGUCUAACUGUCACUUUCUCUACAUUACACUUCGUUCAACUUGUCUAACUGUCACUUUCUCUACAUUACACUUCGUUCAACUUGUCUAACUGGCACUUUCUCUACAUUACACUUCGUUCAACUUGUCUAACUGUCACUUUCUCUACAUUACACUUCGUUCAACUUGUCUAACUGUCACUUUCUCUACAUUACACUUCGUUCAACUUGUCUAACUGUCACUUUCUCUACAUUACACUUCGUUCAACUUGUCUAACUGUCACUUUCUCUACAUUACACUUCGUUCAACUUGUCUAACUGUCACUUUCUCUACAUUACACUUCUUUCAACUUGUCUAACUGUCACUUUCUCUACAUUACACUUCUUUCAACUUGUCUAACUGUCACUUUCUCUACAUUACACUUCUUUCAACUUGUCUAACUGUCACUUUCUCUACAUUACACUUCUUUCAACUUGUCUAACUGUCACUUUCUCUACAUUACACUUCUUUCAACUUGUCUAACUGUCACUUUCUCUACAUUACACUUCUUUCAACUUGUCUAACUGUCACUUUCUCUACAUUACACUUCUUUCAACUUGUCUAACUGUCAGUAGCACGAACCUGUGCAGAUCCUUCAGAUAUCACAGACAAUUAAAUGGUACAAAUAAAUAAUGACAUACACCUUAUAUUUUCUACUAAAAAUGACUCUCUCGCAAGUGUUACAUAUCUAUGGCAUUCUGUGCAUUCUCACAUUUCGGAUGCAAUGCAUGGAGCAAUACCU